AUGUCCACUCCAGUAUCUCCGACCCCAGUCCAUCUUCAGCAUGUAAGGGAACAGAUGGCUGUGGCACUGAAGAGGUUACGCCAACUGGAAGAGCAAGUGAAAAUGAUACCUGUUCUUCAGGUAAAGAUUUCGGUGCUCCAAGAGGAAAAACGUCAACUUAGCGUCCAGCUUAAGAGCCAAAAAUAUCUAGGACACCCUGGGGUCAACACAAAAAGCAAAACUAGAGGAGAGCUUUACAUAGAGAUUCCAGAAGAAGAGAUUAAAGAUGGUAGAGUAGGAGGAAAACAUGCAUUUGACGGAAUGGAAGUAAAAGAAAUGGAAGACGCCAAAGAAGAUGUCAAGAAAGGAAGUUUGCUGUCUAUUGAAAAACCCGCUAAAAAGUUAUGCAAUGUUGGUGUUUGGGUGAGGGAAGUGGACUUCCUUCCUGUUCCAGGCAAACAGCCAGAGGCAGAUAAACAGAGGUUUCUGGUUCAGGCACUCUCAGCCAAAAUAGCGGUACUGGAGAGACAGCUUGCCCGGGCCUUAACUGAGGUUCAGAAUGCUAACCGAAAACUAGAGGAAGCUGAGAAAAUGGCAAGAGGAGAAGAUACAUUGAAGAAGGAAAAGAAGGAGGAACUAAGGGCGGAUGCAGUGAAGGUUGCUAGGGUGGAAAGAGGUAGUGAAGUGGUCUCCAGCACUGAAGUAGGGCCUGCAGUUCAGCCACAGAGGGCACGGAACUUGGAAGCUAGAGGUGGAGGAAUAAUUAAAGUAAGAGAAGGAGAUGCAGAUAAAGUCUUCAAAAGUAGAGAAGUUAUGGAGAAAACCACUCCUUACAUCAUCUGGGCCUGCUGUCCAUGUACAUUUGGUCAAGAAAAUCAGCAUUACCGGACAAAGCACCAAGGACAUAGAAAGCAAAGGGGUAGAUAUCAACAGCAAAACCGAUGAGCAGCCUCAAAACAUUCCAAAGGAAGAAACCAACAUAGAGCACGGCAGUGCCAGGAGAGAAGAAGACGACAUGGACCUGGUUGGGCAACCCAGUGAUGGUCUGACACAGGAUGAACAAGAAGCUAAGCCAUCACAGUUUUCUGGAGUAAAUGGAGAAAUGGAUGCCGGCUCUUCGGAGGAUUCUGGGACCAUGGAGAACCCUUCAGACAGCGAGAGCACUGAGAGUGAAUACCACGAGGCCAGCGAGGGCCUGGCAAUCAGCCCGACGGAUCUCAAACCUGGCAGUAGCAGCCAACCGAGAGAGGCAGAGCGACAGAAAAACACCAGAGGCCCCUGAUGUCAGCCCAUCCCCCACCAGUCCGACCCCCAGAGUGGAGCUCAGUAACAUUCUGAUCUCUGGCUGCGUGGCUCUGCAGAAGUCCCUCGAUGACCCCACAGCCCUCAAUGAGGCCGAGAAGGCAGCAGCGCACAUGGCGGUUAUGCAGGAAUGGAUGAAGAUCCUGCGGCAGAAGGAAGUGGAUCCGGCCAUCGUUCGCCAUCAUCUAAACGUUUUCCGCGCAAUGUCACCGCGGCUACUCGAAGUCAUCGUCAACAUGGCCGACCCCAAGGGAAACACAGCUGUUCACUAUGCAGUGUCCCAGUCCAAUUUUACUGUGGUCAGGCAGCUCCUGGAGACUGGCCUGUGUGAUGUGAACAGACAGAAUAAGGCCGGGUUUACUCCGCUCAUGCUCACGGCACUCGCAGCUUUCCGCUCCCACGAAGACAUCGAAACUGUCACACAGAUGCUGCGCCUGGGAGAUGUCAACUGCCGGGCCAGCCAGGCCGGGCAAACAGCUCUCAUGUUGGCAGUAAGUCAUGGACGUCUGGACGUGGUACGGGCUUUGCUGCAGUGCAGUGCGGGGGCAGAUGUCAAUGUACAGGAUCAUGAUGGGUCUACUGCGCUCAUGUGUGCAUGUGAACAUGGCCAUGCCGAUAUAGUCAGCCUGCUUCUGGCAGAACCAACUUGUGAUGUGUCUCUUACAGACAAUGAUGACAGCACGGCUCUGUCUAUUGCGCUGGAAGCUGGGCAGAAUGAUAUCGCAAUGCUUCUGUAUGCUCAUAAUGCCAAAACAUCUAGUUCAGGCGGUGGUGAACAAGCAAACACGCAACAUGUGAACCCAACAGAUGAAUCCCAAUAA